CGGCCACCCAAUUCCCCAAUUCACGCCUGCCCGGUGCUCGUCCGCUCGCGCGUCUCCUCCUUCUAGAACCUUCCCCUCCGGCGGGAUGCUCCUUCCCAAGCUUCCGAGCCCUUCCCGCCCAUGGCGCCCUUGCCUUCUACCAGGCGCGCCUCCCCCUCGCCCUCUUCCUUGCCCCCGCAUCUCUGCGAGGACCUUGCCAGGACGACGGCACCCGCUCUCCGCCACCGCCUCCUCCUCCGGGGAUUCCCCACUUCCUCCCGCAAAGCCGUCCGCAUCGAAGAAGUCGCCGGAUGAGAUCGGGAGGUGGAAGGCGGUGCCACCUGGAAUGCGCGAGUCCGUGGCUGUCCAUGAAAGCGAGGACCCGUCGACGCCACCGGCGCCACGGACAGCCCUGUGGUCGGCGAGACGGAGGGCGCGCGCUGCAUGGCGGAAGAUGGCAUCGUGGGUGCCCAGGAAGGCCCGGAGCGUCAUGCUGCUCAACCUGGUCACCCUGAUCUUUGCUAGCAACAUUUCGGUUGUGAAAGAGGCGGAGACUCUGUUGGAUCCUGACCUUUUCAAUAUGUUAAGGUUCACCAUAGCAGCCAUUCCAUUUGUGCCAUUGUUACUAAAAUCACUCAGAGAUAUGCAAAUCUUUGUUAGAGGACUAGAGUUGGGCAUUUGGGUAAGCUUGGCCUACCUGGCUCAGGCUAUUGGUUUAGUUACAGCUGAUGCUGGCCGUACAUCUUUCAUUUCUGCACUCACUGUUAUCAUUGUCCCUUUCUUGGAUGGUCUUGUUGGGGCAGAAGUACCUCCAUAUACAUGGUUUGGAGCACUUUUAUCACUUCUUGGUGUUGCUAUGCUGGAGCUAAGUGGUUCUCCGCCAUGUGUUGGUGAUCUUCUAAACCUCAUGAGCUCCUUUUCUUUUGCAAUUCAUAUGCUCAGAACUGAGCAUAUUUCCAGAAAUAUGAAGAAAGAGAAUUUCUUAACUCUUGUUGGAUGUGAGGUGUUCGUUGUAGCUAUAAUAUCAGCAGCCACAUACAUUUUGAAAUGCUUCAUCUGGAACGUGCAACACUGGAAUUUCAAAUCAUGGCCACCAACAGAGUUAUUUGGUAUGGCUAUGUCGUUGCCCUGGCCAGCAAUUCUUUACACAGGAAUAUUCUCAACUUCAUUUUGUUUAUGGGCAGAGGUGGCUGCUAUGCGCGAUGUAUCGGCUACAGAAACUGCAAUAAUUUACGGUCUCGAACCAGUAUGGGGUGCUGCUUUUGCAUGGGCAAUGCUUGGUGAGAGAUGGGGCAUGACAGGAUUUGUUGGAGGUAUUUUCAUCAUAGUCGGUAGCUUGAUGGCUCAGAUAUUUGGAUCAAUCCCAGAUACAUCUGGAGGGGACACUUACCAGUUGAACAGCUGAGUAAAUACUGUACAUAGGUAGCCUUUCUUCAUGCGCCCCAACAAAUUGCAAUCCGUGAUGAAGCAUUUUUUCCCUUUCAUACGGUAGCUGUUGGUGCCUAUUAACCUAGCAAGGAUGACAAUGAAAGGAAAUCUAACAGAUAUGACUAGUAGGCAGUAGUACAAUGAAGCAAUUGGCUUGACAAAGAUGAAGGUGGCUGAAGAGUGGUAAGGGCAACUCAGGCACACGAACUGUAAUCCAAAUUGCUACCAUGUGACUCCCCAACACAAAUCCAUGCUGAAUUGUGGCGUUGAUCACAUGACCGGUUCAGAUGGGAAAUGAUUCAGUUCAAUCAGGUCAGGAAACUGAAACACGGAUAUGUUGUGCAUUUCUAACUUUUGAGUCCGCUGUUUCCUGUUGUAAAUCCAAACAGACGAUUAAAAACAGUAUUUGUCGUUUUCUUUUGAGUAACAUUCUUGUUGUUUAACAUGAACCUGUUUCCUCGCUGAUUUUGCA